AUGAACAACGUGUUCGCAGCUGGCGGUCCUAGGAUACUGAGGGCUUCUCCUGACACAAUGGAAUCUUCUAGUAGACAUCAAGGACUUGCUCACACCAGCACUUCCCCUGCUUUGGAAGGGUUGGUAGGGGCAUGGGGGCGAGCGUUGGACUCUAGAGCGGUGGCUGUGACGCCGCAGGUUGUGGUUGGUAACAAUAGUUCGCGAGGACCAGUUGAGAAACGAGCAAAGAGCGCAGCAACAACGGCCUCUGCGACGGCGGAAGAAAGUACUGGAAGUGAGACGGUAAACCUCUUUUCCAGAGCAGAAGGUGAAGGAGGCGAAAAUCUGCACAAUCAUCCUCUAGUAGCUUCAACUUCAACCACUAGCAGCGGCCGAGGAGGGAU